AAUUUCUCUGACAAAGGUGAGAAGGAAACAAAGGAUGGAAUGAUGCGUAUUCGACGUCUGCCGUGACCUCUUGGCUGGGCAGCCGGGGCAUCGAUGAUGGAUGUUCCUUUAACAGAUUUGCUGAACAUUAAAGGCUCCAUCCCCUCGCUGUCCUCAGGGGAGCUGAUGGAAGCCCUGUCCCGGGCUGCUCCCCUGUGUGGAGCCUGUGGUCAUGGAAGGAGAAAGGAAAAUGGCCACACCUGUACACACCUGGUUGGCUCCUAGAAGUGCGAGCGAUAGUAGCACAGAUCCAGAUUGGUCCCUAGUGUAAAUCAGCAGGUUUUACAUGCAGCAAAAAGAGGCAGGUGAGUGUGUUAACGCAACAUUAGUGUGUACUACUGUGAUUCCUCCACUCCUCUCUCUCCAUAAUGUGUCAUUUUAGUGGGACAUCCUUUACACCUUGUUCUAAUCAGCCGUGGACAUUUGCACACCCUCCCCUCCAUUCCUAGCGCUGCACAGUGAAUAGUCCCAUGCUAAUUACUAUCCAAUUAGAUUUACUAUUAUUCCCUAAUAACCCGACUGGAGCAGCAUAAUCAUGUUGGCCUGUGCUCUAAUACAAUCAGGCUCAGCGUGGGGUCAAACUCAAUUUGGAUAGGCAGCGUGAGUGGACUCGUGUCUCCGCGUUGGCGAUGUCUUAAGCUGGGCUGUGUCAGGGUGGAGAAAUUCAUCCCCGACAAAGCUGUCGUUGAGUCUUGGGUCAGCGUUUCCCAUGUUUGCUUCUUCAUUACGCCAAAUCGUAUAAAAGGCUUCAAACGGCCUCGUUCUGACAGUGUAAUAAAAAUGUAGAUAUUGUAGAUGUAAAUGGCUGCUCUCCAUAAAUCAUUAAUUGCCUUUUUGAAUUAAUGAUGUAGAAGCGCAUGCUGAAGUGUUCCCAUGUACUGUAAGCACAAACCUGGCGCUUUGCUCGCGUCCGUCCGGUAGUUUUUAUAGGCGGCUUCGCUGCUUCUUCCCGGAGUCUGAUUUAUUUCGUAUUCCUCUGUUCUCAACUAACUAUGAAACACAUUUUAAUGAGCCGCACAGUUGGUCCUCGCCGCGAACGCACAAGCAGGCUUUAUUUUCGCUCGGCCUCGCAUCCACCGCCCAGCGCUGCCGUAAUUACCUGCUAAUGCACCGAAUGCGGAGUGUCUGUUGCUGAAAGUAGCCUGAAAAUCCAGUUUCCUGCCGUCCGUCCACAGCGACGAACUGUUUUUAUGAAAGCUUCUAUUCCAAAUCUUUCUACCUAUAAACAUAAUACACAACGCUUUUCUUUCAUACUCUCGCCCUCUGUCUCUCUCUUUCACACACACACACACAGACACACACACACGCUAAUGCAUUUACAACUUCAGCACCCUUUUCUCUGCGCAGUUUCUUAUUUUCUGCCUGGAUUCACAUACAAUUUCUCGUCCUCCUUGUUCCUUCCACACAGACACAUGAACCAUUUUAUUUAUAUGCUGUAUAUUUUAUAUAUCUAUAUAUGUAUAUAUGCUGUAAGUACCUUCUUGACCUACCAGCCAGGCUCGGCCUCUGCUUUCAAAUCACUUUUCCAGCUUACCUUCCUGUGCCCCACAUGAGCGCUGACUCUGUCUCCUUCUUUAACUCCUUAUUUUUAAUUUAUGAAUUUGUUUUUGUGUUUGUUUUUCAUCAGUACAAACAUCAGGCUACAGGACACCAGACUCUGACCUCUGCCUCCACGUACCGCAUGCAUCCCACGGUGCCAAUAUCAAGCGCAUAAAUCUGGGGGGGGGGGGGGAGAAUAAAAACGAUAAAUAUUUCAAUAUGUUCAAACUGGCUUUGAUGCUGAAGCGGGGCUUUGAAGCCUCAAUGUCAUGGGCCUUUUAAGUUUUCAACAGGCCCAGGUAACAUUCAGAGGAAGAGCAAAUAAAGACAGGGAAGAAAAGUCGGCAAAAACUUUUAGCCGUUGGAACUCUGGCCACGAAGAUCAAUAAACGAUAACACACAACAGCACAGGGUGUCAUUCGCAUUGGUUAACGUGAAGAUGGAGCGAGCCCCGUUGUCUGUGCUCUGCUUUACAUUUCAGAGGAGACUCUCAUCAACAUGCUACUACCUUGCCUCUGAUAUGACAUUAUGCAUUACUAGCAAUAAAAUGCACCGGAGGUUACGAGUAAUUGGUGACAGUUUAUUGAGCGACUGAGAGGACGGAGAGUCAAGAUUGAAUUAAAGCUGCACCAGACAAGAUUUUUAUGUAAAAAUACACUUCAGCAGAAAUCACAAAGUGACUUUUCUAUUUAGAUUUAAAUUUACAUUUAAAUCUCAUUGGCGAGUACACACGGUGGGAGAAAAAAAAAAAAUCAUCAAACUGCAGGAUGUAAAUUGACAACACAGGAACAGCAAUGUCACAUGCAAAUGGGCUCGGACAUAAUUUCGGGAACGCGGCCUGUUGGCGACGCGUUCCCCUCAGCUGCACGCGGGCAACGCUGCUCUUUCUGCUCGCUCACAGGAGUCCAACUGCUUAUUUGUUAUCUGUCGUAUGAAUAUGCAUGAAUCUAUGUAUUUGAACGUGCUGGUGAAUCCUAAUAACAAUGCUCGUACUGAUCAUGGUCUUCUAUUAUUAGAACGUGACCCCGUGUUCGUUUUUGUGUUGCUGUGACUCAGACCUCCUUUAAACGGUUCGUACAUUUCUAGCCAAAUACAAAAUGCCACCAUUUUUCAUUUCCCUUUGACCUUAAGUGAGCAAACAUUUUAAUAAGCUUGUGAAGGUGCACAACCACAUGCAUUUAUUUCCCCUUAAAACCCCAUUAUAAGCCAGUUUUAGAUGUAAUGUGCUACUCAGUAGUGCGUGAUACCCGCGAAGGGAGAAAGAGCUAAUUUAACUGCAAUAUGAACGCUUUAUGUUUUCUGAUUCUAAAACGAUUAUUAAAAAUAUUUGGAGGCUGUAGUGAGUAUUCGCAAAAUGAACACCAGGCUUUCUCUUAGCGGGUGUCCACGUGUGUAACGGGUCUCCCUCCACCAGCCUCCGACGAAGCUAAAUCGUUUAUUCACUGGGUGAAUAGCUGUAGUACAUCAAACGUAACAUAUAAAAUCCAAAUAUGAACAAACUGCUGGCUGCCUUUCUCCUCCGAGGCCCCACGGAGGAAGGGAAGGAAGGGAGGAAGCAGUGGAGAGAAAGGCAGUAGGGGAUGUAUAUUUUGCUGUAUCUCAUUAUUCAGCCAUUAGCUCUGUUCUUUCUAGGGAAAAGCCGCGCUUAAAGAAAAUAUCCUCCCUACAGCUGAGCUAUAAAUUAAAUUAAGCCUUUGCAAGAGCUCUGUGAUUUUUACAAAGGCAUUAAACACACACUGUAAUUGUUUCCGCCCUUAAUUGUUUCUUAAAUAAAAUGAAACAAUUUCAGGGGAUGAGUAUUCCACCUGGAUGUUCGGCUUUCUUCUUCAUCCAAAUCAUCAGAGAGUGAGAUUUAUGCCGAGCCAACGCUAAUAAAACUCAUUUUGUGUGUUGAACAAAGCAGCGUGCGGCGUCUUUAAAGCUUUCUCAUCGCACUGGGAUCCUGCAUGGGAUCCUGGAGGAACAUGUUGAAAUGGUUUACGGGCGGAAAAAAAAAAAAAAAAAAAAAAAAAAAACGAAGUAAAGCUGAUGGAAAUGUUCUUUGCUUAAAACGUGUCUCUAGAAAGCUGUGCGUGGAGCCGGGCUGUGAUUCAGUUCAGUUUCAGAGGAAGCAGCAGUUCGACGGCUCCUACUGCUGCGAGCUGGCGAUUAGCGAGUGGUCGGUCCUCGCAGGAAAGGGUUAAUGGCACGAAUCAGCUGCUAGUGUGUGUGUUCUCUCUCUCUCUCCCUCUCUCUCUCGCUCAUGCUUGCCCAUUUGAUGUAGGAAUACCCCAGAGAAUUUCCUCCUCCUCCUCCUCCUCCUCCUCCUCCUCCCACCUCUUUCUCAUCCUUCCUCUCCCAGCCACUCCUUCCUCCCUCCGAUCCCUCCCCCUCAGCCCUCCUCGCCCCCUCUGCUCCGCUCCAAUCGCAUCCAGCCUCAUUUCUCAAGGACCUCCCAAGCCUCCUUCACUUUGCCUCCUCCUCCUUCCCACUCCCUCCAUCCCUCCUUCGCUCCCCCCUCCCCUCCGUGCCCGUCCGCGAGCCCUCGGCUCCUCCAGCCUCUUUUCAAAGUAAACAGAGGAGAGAGCAACAGAGAGAAGCAUCAGUUUUCCCGUCUACACACGUUAGAUUCCCACGCGCGCGAUUUGCUCGACGCUCCGGCUGCGUAGAGUGCGCGCGCGCCCGCGUGUGUGUGUGUGUGUGGCAGCCGCAGUGGUGUGUGUGCGUGCGUGCGCAUGUGUGUGUGUGUUUGCGUGUGUGUGUGUGAGACUGCGCGGGCAUCCCUCGUCUGCAUCCACUCCAGUAGUAACUCUCUGGCUGCUCCUCGCUGCCACUGAGAGAAGUGGAAAAGCGUGAAGAGAGGGCACCAAAAAAACAAAAAAAAAACAACAAAGUAAAGACAGAGAGAGGAGGAAAGAGCGAGGUCUAGAGAGGUAGCGAGGGAGGAAGCAGCUCGUCGGCAGCCAGAGGUGUAACUGAGGCUCUAUGAGUAAGGUGUCCCGUCUCCACAUGCUGUGCUCCAUGGCGAACACCGGCUGUAUGCUGCUGUCCGGCUCCGGGAUGCUCCCCCCGUCUCUGCAGUGCUCCCCUGCCUUCCUCUAUCUGCCUCAGGGCAACCAAGAGGCCCCGGCUCCCCCUGAAGCCAUGGCCCAGCCCUUCCCGCCGGCCCAGUACCCGCCUCCGCCGCAGAACGGGAUCCCCGCGGAGUACGCCGCGCCGCACACCCACCCCGCCAGCGACUACACGGGCCCCAGCGCGGUGGCCGAGCACGCCCUGACGCUGUACGCGGCCACGCACACGCAGAGCGAGCAGCCGGGCAGCGACAGCAGCACCGCCCUCACAGCCAGCACAGUAACACAAGCGGAGGAGGUUGUGCAGACAGAGAGCUCCCAGCAGCACCUCCUGCAGCCCAGCGAUUCAUCUGAGAAGCAGCAGCCCAAGAGAUUACAUGUGUCCAACAUACCUUUCCGCUUCCGAGACCCUGACCUUCGUCAAAUGUUUGGGCAAUUUGGCAAGAUUUUAGACGUGGAGAUUAUUUUUAACGAGCGAGGCUCCAAGGGCUUUGGGUUUGUAACAUUUGAAACGAGCGCAGACGCUGACCGUGCGCGGGAGAAACUAAAUGGUACAAUCGUAGAGGGACGCAAAAUAGAGGUCAACAAUGCCACAGCGAGAGUGAUGACCAACAAGAAAGUAGCAAACCCUUACACAAACGGCUGGAAGCUCAAUCCAGUGGUUGGAGCUGUGUACAGUCCAGAAUUUUAUGCAGUGACAGGUUUUCCGUACCCCAGUGCAGGCGCAGCCGUGACCUACAGAGGGGCCCAGUUGAGAGGGAGGGGUCGGACGGUCUACAACACGUUCCGCGCCGCGCCUCCUCCGCCACCGCUCCCUGCGUAUGGAGCUGUGGUUUACCAAGAUGGCUUCUAUGGAACAGAAAUAUAUGGAGGAUAUGCAGCUUACAGAUAUGGCCAGCCAGCUAGUACUGCAGCAGCUGCAUACAGCGAUAGUUAUGGCAGAGUCUAUGCAACAGCGGAUCCAUAUCAUCACACGAUCGGUCCUACAGCCACAUACAGCGUGGGCACUAUGGCUAGCCUUUACAGAGGAGGGUGCAGUCGCUUCACUCCCUACUAGAAAAGAGGGAGACGCGUCCUCUUUACGUCCCCACAAAACAGACACUAAACAGCCGCACAUGAAUACACACAAUAACCCUCUCCACCCGCUACAUGGAAAACUAAACGCAAAAUCCUUCCAGGAGGUAGACUUGACCCUAAAGCCAAGACUUAUUUUCACAGUGUGUAUUCAAUGUCACCUUUUGAUGUAAUGUACUUAAUUUGGGGGAGGAAAUGUGAUUAUUUGUUCCAGUACUCGUGUGUGUUGUAGAAAAAUGAAGUUGAGAGCUGUCUCCUCCCUUUAUCAGCCUUCUGCUCUGUACAUCUCUGUACAUGGCUGCUCAGCUUUCACUCAUCCUCCAUCGCCGUCUCACUCUCACUCGUUAACAGUGCCAUUCCAGUUUGAGCAAAUCAUUUUAGUUUGGAUUUACCGCAUAUGUCAUAUAAACACUCAAGCCCCUGGGAGCUUGAACAGGGAAGGAUGCAUGAAAGUCAUUCUCAGUCAACGUGGCUGUUGACAGCAUUUAACAUACUGUCUACCAGCAACUUGUAUCCAGCCAGUGCAUCUAGAGACAGCCUUCAUUAGUGCUUUUCUGUGUCUUUGCUGUGAGGAAACAUGAUGGAGGCAGUUUAUCAUUUCCAAUCAAGCAUCUGCCUCAGGCCACCAUAUUGAUUGUCAAGUAAAAUACAGGAUAUCUCGUCAGUUUGAUUAGUUGUCUGAGGAAGGAGUUGUCACGACGAUCUCUGUCAUGGACAAUAAAAAUGUAGAGAUAACACAAAAAACACACACACAGGCACAGAGCUAAAAAGCAACACAGGCCAAGAAAGAUCUGAGCAGUAAAGACCUGAGUGUGAUGAGGUCGUAAAGAUGGGAGUCGAUAGCGCAGGGAGAGGGGAAGUGUGAGGAGAAGCAGCAUCCAAGGCGGAUUAGAGAUAAGAGAGUCCACUCAAUGAGCACUAAUCUCAUUAGAAGAUAUUUCAGUGACUGCUCCUGUGUUGUCUUUGCUCUUGCUGCCUUCCUGUUUUCAGUGAAAUCACGAGGAAGGGAGAAAAGCGUUGGUCCUCGCUGUAGCAACCAUACUAACCCAGAUGAAUGUACACGUAUGGUGCUUGGAUAUCUGCUCUUAAAACCAUUCAUGUCAAUAAAAACCUGCUUUUUGUGCUUCUUUUAUCCAUCAUCCUUGAAAUGUAUGUAUGUCUUAAGGCUACAAGAGCCAAUUGCCUGUAUUUGUGAAUCAUGGAGAGACGUUAUAUAAGAUAGUAUCUGUUGUUGUACAGUGACGCUAACAUUAGAUUCUUGAGAGAGAAAAUAUAUAUCAAAACAUAGCAGGUAUGUUUGGGUUUUUGUACAGCUACAUAUGAGUAGUACGGGUUGGAUAUAUUUUAUAAAACAACUAUAGGCUUAAACUUGUUUACAUUGGAUUUAAUGUCUUUCUAUGUGUCUGUGGUCACAGUGUGUGAGACUUGUCUUAUUAAACUAUAGGGGUUUCCUCUGUCUGUA